AUGAUAGCGUGUGGCGUAGCACCUACACCUUUACAGUUAGUCGCCGAGGCCCUUCACUCCUUUGAUGUAUUUCACCUAUUCUCGGGAUACAACUAA